GUGGAUUACACAACAAAUUGAAACAAAAGUCUACUUUGGUCAUUUUCCACAUUUUUCCAAUCCUUAAAAAAAAAAAAAAAAAACCUGAAAUCCGACACAAACUCUUCGGACAUAAUCGUAAUUCGCAAGUGUCGGUGCCCUGUUCUGUCCCAAAAACUCCCAUUUUUACCGACGUUUCAACUCUAUUUCUUUUCACCAAAAUUCAACCACAUUGCCUGCAAUAAAACAACAUUCCAUCUCCCUCCAUCUUCUACUCAAAAUCUUUCCUUCACAUCUGUUGAUAUUUUUUUAAUUUUUAUUUCUUUCACAAAAUCCCCGGAACAUUUACAAAAAUAUAUACAAACAUUACCUUUGGGAUCAGAAUUCAAUUACUAACCAACACCGUUUUCCUGGCAUUGAUGAAUGCCGGGUGUUUUAUCCAUUCCUGAGCUCCAAAAACCUUGAAAAAUCAUUUAUUUAAAAUAAGUGAUGCUGCAUUUGGGUCGGGUUAGAUCUGAGAUAUAAACAUUCUUUUAAGAAAGUUAAAAGUUUUCCUCUUUCCCAUUGUGAAGCCGAUAAUGGGGAAGAGUAAUUCUAAAGGAGGAUGUUGGGGUUGGUUGCUGGUUUUGAUUGUGGCUGCUGCAGUUGCAUUUGGGGUUUUUGUAAUGGUGAAGAAGAAACAGCACGAUUCUCAUGGCGGGGCUGCCCCUGUUCCUGGCCCACCUGGUGCUGUUACCAGGAAAUAUUCAGAUGCUCUGAAUACAGCAAUGCAGUUCUUCGACGUUCAAAAAUCCGGGAAGCUGGUUGAUAACAAGAUUACUUGGAGAGGGGACUCGGCUCUUGAUGAUGGAAAACCCGCGAAUUUGGACCUUUCAAAAGGAAUGUAUGAUGCUGGGGAUCAUAUGAAGUUUAAUUUCCCAAUGGCUUUCACUGCAACAGUCCUGUCUUGGGCUAUCCUAGAAUAUGGUGAUCAGAUGAAAGUGGUGGAUCAACUUGAACCUGCUCAAGACUCACUUAAAUGGAUCACCGACUACCUUGUCAAUUCGCAUCCUUCUGACAAUGUUUUGUACAUUCAGGUUGGUGACCCUGCUGCAGAUCAUAAAUGUUGGGACCGGCCAGAGGACAUGACCGGGAAGAGGCCUUUGACACAGGUUAAUACUUCUGCCCCUGGAACUGAAGUUGCAGCAGAAACUGCAGCUGCUCUGGCAUCUGCAUCUUUGGUCUUCAAGGCCCAUGACCCAACAUAUUCGAGCUCACUUCUCAAGCAUGCCAAACAAUUGUUCACAUUUGCUGACAACUAUAGAGGUUCUUACAGUGAAAGCAUUCCUGAAGUCCAGACAUAUUACAACUCAACUGGAUAUGGUGAUGAGCUCUUAUGGGCAGCUAGUUGGCUUUAUCAUGCUACAAAGGAUCAAUCGUACUAUGAUUAUGUGACUGAGAAAAAUGGUGAAAAGUUUGCUAACUUUGGGAGUCCUACCUGGUUUAGCUGGGAUAACAAGCUAGCUGGAACUCAGGUCCUGAUGUCAAGAAUCAGCUUCUUUAGUUCCAAAGAGGCCUCGAAUUCUGAUAUCCUCCAGAAGUACAGGGACUCAGCAGAGGCUGUCAUGUGUGGACUUCUUCCUAAGUCUCAAACAGCCACUUCCAGCAGAACUGAUGGUGGUUUGAUAUGGGUUACUGAAUGGAACGCAUUGCAGCAUCCGGUGGCAUCCGCAUUUCUAGCUGUUGUCUACAGUGAUUACAUGCUAUCAUCUCGUACUGCUUCAAUAUCAUGUAAUGGUGACUCUUUUACUCCAUCUGAUCUUCGCAAGUUUGCUAUUUCACAGGCUGAUUAUGUAUUGGGUGACAACCCAAUGAAGAUGAGUUUUCUUGUGGGAUAUGGCGAUAAGUAUCCACAAUUUGUGCACCAUAGAGGAGCUUCAAUUCCAACUGAUGCAACGACAGGAUGCAAAGAUGGUUUCAAGUGGCUCGAUUCAACUAAACCGAAUCCAAACAUUGCGGUUGGAGCGAUGGUUGGUGGCCCUUUUCUCAACGAGACGUAUAUUGAUUCAAGAAACAACUCAAUGCAAGCGGAACCAAGCACCUAUAACAGUGCAGUUCUUGUUGGCCUUCUUUCUGGUUUGGUCACCACUUCCUCAGUGGUUCAAUCUUUCAGUUAAAUAGGUCUUCAUGUUUGGCACUGGAAAGCAAGAUGAAUAGCAGCAGUUUGACUGAGUCAGAUGUAAUUCAUUCUUAUAAUUAGUAUUGGAUGAAUUCGAGGUUUGUAUAGUAGAUAUUCCUGCUCCUGUCAGUCCUACACUAGGACUAAUGUUUGUAUACACAAUUAUAUGUUAUACCUGCAUAUGGCAGUAUGAUCUUUUUUGUAGCAGUGUCAUAUUGAGGUCAGUGCUCCAAUCUGGAAAGGCUACUCUGCUGCCAAAAAAAACUUAAAAUUUGUUUUGUAUUUUUAUAGUUGAAGCUUAAAAAUGCAAUUGUAAAAAUAUAUAUUGAAAAUUAUCCACACCAGGAAACAAAAGUACUCGGACUAACUCUUCUUUUGUUACAAUAAAGAAGGUUUAAUACAUAAUUAGUACUCUCUCUAUCCCAAAAUUAUUGUCUAGUUUGAGAUUUUACUUUUAAUACAAUUUGAAUUAAAAAUGAAAAUCUAAACUGGACAAUAA